AUGCCGUUUGCGGUGCGAGGCAGCGAAUGCGAUGGGCUGGAGGUGUUGCUUUUACCGUGCUCUCUCAAGAAGAAGUCCCACGUGUCCGUGACGGGCGACGCGCAGGCCAGCAUGCGGACGGUCGACGAGGUCGGCAUGAAAGUUACCCGUCCUCCGCCAAGCCUCCUGAGCAGAAAUUCCUUCUUCAUCUACAGCUUUGUGCGCGGCGACUUUGACCAGGCGGUCCCGAGGAGCUCCGACGCCACACAAGAGAUCGCAGUCCACCAGCUUGCCGUAGGCCGCUCGCCCGAGCUGGCGCAGCACAGCCUGGGUACCUGGAAAGGCACUGGUCCUGAGAAGCUAGACCUCUUUGAUGUAGCGCAGCACAGGCGCAACCGAGCCGUGCCAAACAGGGUCUCCUUCAAUGAGCGACAGCACCGUCAGCGAUCUGCGAGCGGCAUCUGGCUUGAUGGAGCUGGCUGCCACACGCCGAAGACUGUGCACCUCACCGUCCGUGAGGCCCUGGACUUCACAUCCAUAAAUGUAUCCAGGCAGCGGGUUGAUGGCGGAGGUGUCCAGUGCGCCGAAGGGGCCAAGAUCAGCCUCCAGCUGCUGGCCAUGUUCAGGAUGGUAGCUCUAGCGAAGGACCUGGAACCGAUAGCCGAGAUGCUAGAGCGGUACACCGAGGGGGAAAUGCCGAUCGGCCGAAAACCCCCCUUCUCCUUGGCCAACAAAGCCACCAGCACUGCCGAGAGCCGGGUCGGAAGAAUGCCCGAGCGCUCAGCGAGCGAGAGGAUCAAGCUGAACACCUCCAGGCUGGCAUCACUGAGGGGCGUCCACGGGGAGAGGGGGGGGGGGCUUGCGGAAACCCAGGGCCUGCAGGCGGCAGAGGGCAGGGUAGAACUCCAGCUCCACCACGAAGUUGAAGUCGCCCCCAACGACGUACGAGAGGCCUUCGAGAGCCACGUGGGAGCCUAUAGCCUUAUAGAGCUCCAACUGCCUGGCCGUGAGGCCCUCCGUGUCGAACCCGUAGACAGAGACGAGCCCAAACUGAACACCCCCUGGCAGAUGGGCAACCGCACCCAGAGCACGGCCGUGGAAGAUCUGCAGGGGUUGGCGGAGCCCCAUGAAGGCCCUGGCAAGGGUCGCUACGCCGCGACGAGCUCGAAGCGCCUCCAGGUGAGGCGGCUGGGGCUCCACCGCCAGCCUCAGAAGUCGCCCGCUCAGCGCCGCCUGGCGCUGCAGCACCAGCUCCUUGGCCAGGUCGUCGACGAGCUCGAAGCUGAGCUCCUUGCCCUCCACCAGGUCGCGCAGGCUGAUGGUCGGGCCAGAAGACUGCUUGGGCUGCACCGGCGAGGCCACCUCCAAACUGAUCUGCUCGACGAGCUCCGAAUACUGCCUCUCGAAGCCAUCCAGCUCGUCGGCCAUCUCCUGGAUGGUGGACUCGAGCAUGAUGGUCGCCUCACGCCAGCGCUCCAGCUCCAAGAUCUCCUUUUCGAGCUUCUUCUCCACCUGCCGUAUCUUGCUCUGGGUCUGCGAAGCACGGGUGUGGAGCGAGGCAUCCUGCUGGCGAGAUGGCUGGAGAAGCUUCGCCCGAGCAGAGUCGUACUGCUUGGCCAGCUCCAGUUGCCCUUGGCGUGUGGCGAUGGCGGCAAGCUGCUGCAGGUCCUCCGCGCUGAGGCCCUUGGUGUUGGUGCCAUCAGAGCACGCUCCACCACCUCCGCCGACGGGACCUGGAGGAAGCGGAGCGCCGCGAGGGUCACCAGCGUAGUGAUGACGAGCGCCAACACCGUCUUGAACUGCGGGGCGCAGCGGGAAGGCUCGGUCGAGGCGCCCGGCGUGAGAAAAGCUGCGCCCGGGGGCCCUCCGCAGGCCUCGGUCCGGGGGCUUCCGGGGCGGCGCACCGUCGUCGUUGUCGUCGUGGAGUCGGAGGGGCACGUCGAGGACGAGGGAUUGGUGGGAUCCAGGUCUUUCAGAGGCCUCUGGAAGAGCGAGGGGUACGAUCAGGAGGAACUGGAUCCCUGCGACGGCCACGUCAAGUGCCACACCAAUCCCAGGCACUUCCCGCAGAAGGCCUACGGAACCGGGGAGGGCGGCCAGUGCCUGCUCUUCCUGGAGCACGCCAACUCCGUCCCGUACAGGGACACCGUGCGCGAGCUCACCUGCCACGCGGUCAACUCCAGGUCGCACGGCUUCCCCUCUGCCCGGGCGUGGGUGGAGUCCGCGAGCGGCGAGCGCGAGGGACUGGUGGCCGAGUGGCCCGCGAAGCACUGCAACGAGGCGCCCUCGUGGUACUCCGCCAGGCCCCUCGGCCUGCCCCUGGCGCUGCACCGCGCCUCCGGUGCCGUGCUCUGCCUCGAGCUGCGGGACGGCGCCGAGGUGCUGGGCUCCCUGCGGGUGCCCCUGAGGGACAUCGAGCCCCACCGUCCGACGACGCGCCAGCUCGAGAUGGAGGCGGAGCAGGAGGCGGAAGAGCGGUGCCGGGUCACUUUCCAGCUCUUGGACUCCCGCUCGGUGCUGCACCACCGCAGGGUCUUCCUCGUGAGGCACGGGGAGAGCGUGUGGAACAAGGCUCAGGGCAGCCUUGACCUGCAGACCAUGGCCUCGGCAGUGGACCACCCGCUGUCCGAGGAGGGCCGGGUGCAGGCGGAAGCGCUCGGCGAGCGGCUGGCGGCAGCCGCGAAGCAGAGGGACCCGAACGGCAUGGCGAUGUUGAGGCCCGACGUGGUGUACGUGUCGCCACUGACGCGCGCCUUCCAGACCGCCGCCAUCGCGCUGGGGCCGCUGCUUGCCGGGCGGGCAAAGGCCGAGGGCCAGCAGGCCGAGUUCGUGGUGAUGGCCAACGCCCGCGAGAAGCAGACCCUCGGGGGCUUCGAUACCUGGUCGACGGAGAUCGGCGAGGACGUCCCGAGACGCACCUUUGUAGAGCUCAGGUCGCUCUACGAGGACUGCGACGACGAAAAGGGGGUCCUCAGCGCGUUCUCGCAGAUACACGUCGACGCGCAGGAGGUGCAGGACUGGCGCAUGCUUGAAUGA